AACGGGAGCAGACCUAAAGGCGAGAAAGACAGAAAGAGAAAGCGAGUCGGGAAGCAUCGGGUCAACAGCGUGGAGAUACAGCAGCGGCUCGAGAUCAGGACUUUGGAGAGCGCAGCGGAAAGAGCAAAAAGCAGACAACUUUCUCUAGAGCACAUGUGUAAAGCGAUGUUACAACGAACCGGCCCCCAGCUGCUUUUCCUACUAGCCCUGUGCAGUGUGUUGUACUCCCGGACUCUGAGUCUGCCAUACACAUCCAUGAGACCGACGAGGCACGCGGAUGGUCUGUUCACCAGCGGAUACAGCAAACUCCUCGGACAGCUAUCAGCGCGGAGGUACCUGGAGUCUCUGAUCGGAAAGCGGGUCAGUGACGAGCUGAUGGAGGAGCCAGUGAAGCGCCACUCAGACGCCAUCUUUACAGACAACUACAGCCGCUUCCGCAAACAGAUGGCCGUCAAGAAGUACCUGAACUCAGUCUUAACAGGAAAGAGAAGCUUAGAAGAUCCUGGAACCAGCGACCUGGAGGAGUCCAGGGACGAACCCAACACCUUCCAGGAGAGCUACAAUGACAUCAACGUAGAUCACCUCCUAAACAACUUUCAACUGCCACUUUGAAGAGGGGCCCGUGCUCGAGUGAAUACCUCAAGUCAUCCUCAUGAAACCGCCCAUUCCAAAAACAACACAGUAUUAAUCCAAAGGACAUUCAACAGUGAAAUCAGCCAAUGAUGAUGUGUUCUCCAAUGUGGUUAUCUAUCUAUUCAUACACACAGUACAUGUUUGCACUGUAUAUAUACAAUAUAUACAAUACUAAUCACUAAAGAUUCUGGCCCAAAGACUCUGCGGGCCACUCUGAGCAACAUGCAUGUCCACGUUCUGUUUGGUCAAUCAGCGUUUGAAAAUGACAACAGGCAACAGUAAAUAUAAACAGAAGUACCACAUUUACUUUCUUUCUAAGAUCAAUGUUGUUCCAUUAACUUUCAAUGGAACUGUUUCUCUCCUAAUAACUUUUUAAAGGAACCACUGUCCUAUUAAAUUUGAGUGAAAUUUGUCAGAUCAAGUCAUAAAUCAUUGAUUUAAACAUUUGACACAUUGAAUGUCAAUAGAACAGCAUUCACUUUCACUAGUGUACCUUUCCCAUUGAUUUUCAGUGGAGCUACUGUAACUUUAGUUUUAAGAGACCAGUGUUUGUUCAGUUAACUUUGAAUGGAAAAUAAGUCUGAUUGAAUUCACAUGAAUUUUCACUCACAAAAGUUCCAUUAACUUUCAAUGGAGAACGUGUCCAACUGAUCUUCAUUGCAAUGCUAGCACCAUUGCCUUUCAGUGGAAUCACUGCUUUGCAAUAGAACUUCUACUGAACCAUGGUCCUAUUUACUUUUAAUAAGAAAAUACUUGUAUAAAUUGGAAUUCAAUGGGACAUUUGUCACAUUUUGUUUCAAGAUCAAGCUUUCAAUGGAACCAUUUUGCCUAAUAAUUUUUAAUGAAACCACUGCCCUAUUCAAUUUGAGUGAAAUUUGUCCCAUCAACUUUCAUUUAAACAUUUGAUCCACUGUUCAAUGGAACAGCAUUUACUUCUAGUAGAGUAACUUUACCAUUGAAUAUUAGUCAAUCUGUUGUCACUUUAGCUUCAAGAGACCAACGUUUGUCCAGUUAACUCUGAAUGGAACAUCUGUGUAAUUGAAUUCUGACUCAUUUUCACUAACCAAUAGUUCCAUUAACUUUCAGUGGAGCACUUGUACAAUUAAUCUUCAACAGAACACUAGCACCAUUACUGCUUUUUAAUUUUAAAUCAGUGGAAUAUUUGUCAGAUUUUGUUUCAAGAUAACUGUUGUUCUAUUAACUUUCAAUGGAAAUAUUUCUCCCAAUAACAUUUAACAUUAAAUUUGAGUGAAAUGUAUCCCAUUCACUUUCAGUUGAACAGUUGACCUGUUGAAUGUCAAUGGAACAGCAUUUGUUUUUAUUUAUCUAUUUUGUUUUCAGUGUAUCUACUAUCCCUUUAGCUUUAAGUGAAACAUUUGUCCAAUUAACUUUGAAUGGAACAUCUGUCUGAUUGGAUUCUGAUCAAUUUUAGCUAACCAAUCAACUUUCAAUAGAGAACUCUAGCACCAUUGGUUUACCUUUAAUAGAACAAUAGUUGCAUAGAAUUACAAUUAAACAUUUGAUUGAUUUUUGUUUCAUUAGGAUGAUAACUUUCAAUUGAUUUAUUGUUCUAUUUCUAUGGUGCAAUCAUGAUCAAAGUGCUGACUGAAGUGUUUUAGAGAAUCCAAACAUGGUCAAAAAGGAGAAACAGGAACAAGAGCAGGAGGAACACAUUUUGAAUGGACACAGAUGCAUAUAAUCACUUUAUACUAUUCAAUAUGUAGAGCAAAGACGUUAUAACUGAGCAUAGACCUGCCUUUAGCGCAUAUAGUGAUGUACACCACUCACCAAAUAAAAGAUAUUGGUUUAUUUUUCAAAGCUGA